AUGUUCAACGUUGACUGGAAGGGUCUUGCCCUUCCAUUUGCGUACUUGCUAGUGCUCGGCGGAGCACUAAUGACCUUUUCCACCAUCUAUCGCAAGAGAAAGGCCGCCGAAAGCGCCAACCUGGCUCCGUGGUUCGGUCCCAACCUCCAGCGUAAUGUGUACCUCUCUCUCCUGCAUCUGGACUCAGAUGACGGCAAGGAAAAGUCGCCAAAGGUUCCCGAGAGCGUCCUCAAGGCCGCGCUGCUGCGACGCGCUGUUGAAGACAUUGAUCGCUUGAUCCAGAUCAAGUCGGCCAAGCAGGCGUGCAGCUCGCUUCUUCUCAGAGGGAGCGUCGGCGAUGAUUUAUGGCAGAGAUUCCAGCGGGCUGAAAAGGAGAUGGAGGAGGAAUUGCGCGACGUCGUCACAGAGGCCAAUGCUCUCGCACCGAACUGGGGCCCGACCAUAUUCCAAUCCGCGCACGAGAUUGCCGCCAACACCAGACUCCGCGAGCGCCUCAAUGAGAUUGAAGCACAAAAGGAGGCCGAGAAGCAGUGGUGGGAAAAGAGAAGGGGCCAGAUCUCGUCCGACUUUAUGAAGGAACUCAAUGACUCGACAAAGGAAGGGGCUGCCGAGGAAGAUGCCGUAAUAGUGGACACUCCUGCCAAAGGGAAGAAGAGCAAGAAGUGA